AUGUCCAGCUACCAGACCCUCAACUUUGGUUUCGAGCUUGAGUUAUCUCUCAACAGCAGCAAGAAGCACAAUAACUGGCUGUCCAUGGCACAAGACACCAGCAGUCGCUUAGCCAAGAAAGGAGUCAGCAAUCAUGUCAAGGAAAAGGUGGGUGGGAACUACCGCAAGUGGUCCAUUGUCCAAGAGAUUACGAUCCCUCAAAAUGCUGCCAAGAACAACUGUCACCUCGAGUCUCAGUGGCUCUCCGAUGCAGAUAACAUCUUUUCUGUUGUCCAGAAGCACUCGACUAUUCAGAUGCUCCCCCAGUGCAGCACUCACGUACACGUCAGCCAGGCGGACCAGGAGUUCUCUUCAUUCCAACUGGCCUCUUUGGGCAAGGCAAUCUUAACAUAUGAGCCCUGCUUCGAUGCCCUCGUCCCGAAAGACAGAGCUUCCGCCUACUGGUGCCAAAGUAACCGCCGGAACCCGGUGCUCUCUCGGUGCCAGACCCUUGAAGACUGUCUCGAUAUCCUUGACGUGGCAGCUCAGAGAGGUACGACCGCCGUCGUGGAAGCAAUGUGCCUCUUCCCGGCAUCCAGUGCGUAUGGAAGAGCACACGGAAGGAAGAGAGAUUUUGUUCACGGCAAAGUCUACAAGUGGAACUUCGCCCGCUUGCUAGGGCACGAUAGCAGCCGCACAAUUGAGUUUCGGCAGCCUUCAGGCAGUACUUGUAUGGAAGAUGCGAUUGGCUGGGUUCUGUUGACACUGACGUUUGUCGCUGGCGCAACUGGAGGCGGGAACUGUAUCGGUUCAUUGGAGAGUGGCGGUGAUGACCGGUCGGAGUUUUGGCAGCUCUUGUGCUAUGGUGCUGGGGUUCUAGGGCUUGAUCCCUUUCUACUUGAUCUCUUGAGCGGACUCAUUGGUCGUGCUGCGACUUGAUCGAGUGUAUGCCGCCGACCAAGUGAGAGCUCGCGCCGUCAGGUCAUCCUCUUAAAUUGACUUCAUCCACCUCUC